CGCCACGUCAUUCAACAUGGCACUGAUAGUUUUAUGUUCGCUGUUCAGCUAAUUCUGUAUGUACAGUUAAGAUUGCAUUAUAAGACGCAUUUUAAUACUUGGUGCUAUCUUAGAAGUAGGCUAACUUGGUAGAGUGGCCGUGCCAGCGACUUGAGGGUUCCAGGUUCGAUUCCCGCUUCUGCCAUCCUAGUCACUGCCGUUGUGUCCUUGGGCAAGACACUUUACCCACCUGCUCCCAGUGCCACCCACACUGCUUUAAAUGGGGUUCACUAUGUAAAAGCGCUUUGAGUCACUAGAGAAAAGCGCUAUAUAAAUAUAAUUCACUUCACUUCACUAUGUCAUUGUGUUAAUGUUAGCAUACUAACAUUUUAUGCGAGCUUUUUAGCUAAUUUUGUAUGUUUAUACCUCAAAAAGAAUGGGUUUGGAUACUUGGCGCUAUCUCAGAAGUACGUCAGCUUUGAUAGUCCAUCACAUGGUUAAAGAAAAGGAAACAGCAUCGAAUUAAAAAAAGAACCUAACCCCCUGCUUAUCGCCGUAAACAUGAUUACUACAAAAUAGAUGAAAAUAUCCUCACGCCCUCAGACGUCUUCCCGCCCGCCGUCAGGGAGGUUCCCGGCGAACAGAACCUUCCGUACUCGCCGGAACCCUCCGCGCCAGAGGAACCCUCCGCGGUCGAGACUUUGGCCGCCAUCCUGGAGAGUCCGGCGCGCGGGAUGAACCGGCAGAAUGUGCACGGCGCCGAGGACGCGGAGACUGGCCCGGGAAGGACGGACGCCGCUGACAGCUCCUCCACAUGGAGCCCCGAGCUAGAGCAGCCCGCCCACCACGACGUCAUCCCUCCGCCAUUAAGCUCCUCCCCUCGCUCGUCCUUCUCAAAAUGUUGCGACCUGCUGGUGUCGCUGGAAUACCGGCCGGCGGCGGAGAAGCUGCUGGCCACCGUGGUGGCGGCCCGCGACAUCCCGGACAAGGGUCGCAGCGGGAUGGACUCGUGGCAGGUCCACAUGGUCCUGCUGCCCUCCAAGAAGCAGCGCCGCAAGACCUCGGUGAGGCGGGGCUCGCCGCUCCGCUUCGACCAGACCUUCAGCUUCCUGCGCGUGGAGCCCUCGGACCUGCUCGCGUCGGCCCUCCGGUUCCGCAUGUACGCCAUGGAGGGCAGGAUGUCCCGGGAGCGCAUGAUGGGGGAGAAGGUGCUGCGCCUGGCGGGGCUCAACCCGGCCGGCGGCACCUUGGAGACCAUGCUGGUCCUGGAGCCUCGCAGUAACAUCAAGAGCGUGGGCUCGCAGCUGAGCCUGGCGGGCGUGUCCCACAGCGACAGCGCCUCGUCCACGCAGUCGCUGACACACGGCGGCGUCCCCGAGCUGCUGGUGGGCCUGGCCUACAACGCCACCACGGGCCGCAUGUCGGUGGAGCUGAUCAAGGGAAGCCACUUCCGGAACCUGGCCGCCAACAGACCGCCAGGUCGGAGCCUCGCCCGCCUCCCCUCCCGGGGAACACCUUUGUCAUUCCUCCUCCGUCUUUCAGACACGCUGGCUUGCCUGACGCUGCUCAACUCGGUGGGCCGGGAGAUCUCGCGCUGCAAGACGUCGGUGCGCCGCGGCCAGCCCAACCCCGUCUACAAGGAGACCUUCGUCUUCCAGGUGGCGCUCUUCCAGCUGUCGGACGUGACGCUGAUGCUGUCCGUGUACAACCGCCGCAGCUUGAAGCGCAAGGAGAUGGUGGGCUGGGUGGCCCUGGGCCAGAACAGCAGCGGCGAGGAGGAGGAGCUCCACUGGCGCGACAUGAGGGACGGCCGAGGGCAGCAGGUGUGUCGCUGGCACGUCCUCUUGGAGGCGUGACGCCCCCUGCUGGCGUGGAUGUACUCUUAGGACACGGCCACUCGUCACUGCUGGGGGCAAAGAGAGUCGAUGACGAUGACGAGUCUUUGGGCACCUGACCUUUUCAACCCCACUCGCCAUUCCACACCAUGUUCCAUUCGAACCAAUUAUUUAUUUGUAAUCAUUAUGGGGAAACUUUUUCAAAACAGCUUACAGGUUAGAAAAGUUUGUUCCGGUUGAGAGGAGAUGGCCUAAAAACCAUCCUUU